UCAUGAUUUUGUUCGAAUUAAUUUACUCACUAAUCGAUAAGAUUAGAUUGCUUCUAUUUGUAAAUAAACUAUCAUACUGAGACGAUUUACAGACAAUGCCAUAAGCAUGCACCUUACAGGUUGAUGAUAACCAACUUUUCAUCACAUUUUUAUAAUUGUGUUCGACCAUUGUUAUUGUAUCGUGUGAUGUGUUUUAUAAAUAAUAAAAAGCAUAAAGUUCUGCUAAUAUCCCACAUUUUCGUCGUUGGGUCUUAAAAGAAUAGGUCCCGGAAGUUGUCAUGUCACAGGAUGUCGCUUGGUUGUGCGUAUCCGAUAAAUCGAAGGAAAUGUUGUUACGUUGUCAUGUAGGCUAAUGUUACUGUUUUUAUGACUUACAUUUGAUCUUUUUCUCUCAACCAUGAACAGGAUUCUGCUGAAACGCUCGAAAAUUCUCAGAAUGGCACUCGCUGGCUCUAAUACGGUGGAAGGUAGCGAAGAGACAUUUUUAUUUAAGGCUAUAAAAAUUGCCGCCGUGGUAGCACUUUAUUGGUUCAUUUCAAUUACUAUGGUUUUUCUUAAUAAUUAUCUUCUAGACAGUAACGAAUUGGAUGCACCUUUGUUUGUAACAUUUUAUCAGUGUUUUGUCACAGUGGGGCUCUGUUGGGUCAUGCAAUUUUUUUCCAAAUUGUGUCCUGGAUUGGUCGACUUCCCCUCGGUCAAAUUUGACUUAAAGAUUUCCAGGGAGGUUCUACCAUUGUCUGUAGUCUUUAUUUCAAUGAUAACAUUUAACAAUCUGUGCCUCAAAUACGUUGGAGUAGCUUUCUACACCGUUGGACGUUCUCUGUCUACUGUGUUCAAUGUACUUCUGUCCUACGUUAUCUUGAAGCAGACCACGUCUUUCAAAGCCAUUAUGUGCUGUGGAGUCAUUCUAGGUGGUUUCUGGCUUGGUGUGGACCAAGAAGGAGAAGCAGGUUCUCUCUCAUGGUUGGGUGUCUUUUUUGGAGUUUUAGCCAGUGCCUGUGUCUCACUUAAUGCCAUAUACACCAAGAAGGUGAUGCCUGCUGUGGAUGGGAACAUCUGGAAGCUGUCUUACUACAACAAUAUCAAUGCUUGUAUCCUCUUUCUUCCGCUAAUCCUCAUAUUUGGAGAGUUUCAACGAAUUUCAAACUUCAGCGGCCUUGGCAACCUAAAGUUCUGGGGCAUGAUGACAGUUGGGGGUGUGUUUGGCUUUGCUAUUGGCUAUGUCACUGGUCUACAGAUCAAGUUCACCAGCCCACUCACACACAAUGUGUCGGGGACCGCCAAAGCCUGUGUUCAGACAGUCCUAGCAGUGGUCUAUAACUCAUCCACGAAAAGUAUGUUGUGGUGGACUAGUAAUAUGAUGGUUCUUGGAGGUUCCUCUUCUUACACAUGGGUAAAAAGCAUGGAAAUGAAGAAGGUUGAAGUUCCUUUGGACUCAACCAAAGAGAAACUGUUGGAAGGGGAAAAACGUGAUCCUGGUGUGUAGUUGCGGGACAGAACUUCUGGGACCACAAUGUCAAAAUAAUGUAUUAAAGUGGUACGGUUUUUGGGAUGUCUUUUUUUUUUUUUUUUUAUCACAAUAUUCAAGUGCUUUUUUUCACUUGGUAAAUUCUUGCACACAAAUGGGAAUUUUGGCAAGCCAUAGUGUUCCAUUGUUAUGACACUUUGAUAUCUUUCUUUGGUUUAUAUGGCUUGGGACCUAAAUGGCUUGGGACCAAGAUUUAUUCAGAUGAGUUUGGUCAGAGCAUUCUAUUGUCAUAGAAGUAUUUAGAAGAUUCUAUUGUCAUAGACUGUUUUAUCAUAACAUUCACUGUCAACUGUGAGCACGAGGUAAAAUAGAAAAAAGGAUUUUAGCUAAACUGUAGAACAUAAUUUAUUUUGCAUCAUAGUUGGAAGGAACAAUAUUCUGAAACUGCAACUAAGAAUAUGAAUAUACAUGACUUUGGUUUCAACCAUAAUUGCUUUAAUUUCAAUAAUCUUGUCAAAUGUUACUGGAAUGCAAGGCAUUGCUACAUUGUGUCAAAUACACUGGGGAAAUUACAAAUUGUAUGUAUUUCAAGAUUGUCAUCUUAAUGAUCGCUUCAGAUAAUCAAACUGCUCAUGUACCAGUUGUAUAACUUGGAUGGUUAUCUCCUAUAUCUGGAUUUUAUACACGAUUGCAAUUAAGUGCAAGCAGACUUUGACGAUUGAAAGCCGUAUUUGUGGAGAGGAGACAUUCUACAAGAUAACUUUUGAUAAAGUGCCUGUUCUUUAUGCACUCUGCUUUAAAAAAAGUUUUUGUUUUACAAAAACAAAACUUGACAUUUAUUUAUAUAUCUUUCUUUCUUACUAGUCUACACACAGCGCCUUACUGACAAAGAAAAAACUGAUGUUUUAAAGAUGUUUGCACAAGAAGGUAUACCACUGAGUACAGUAAAAUUCAUGUUUGGCAAAAUAUGUUUAGCUCAAGUGUGACCCAUCAGCAUCACACAACUCCUGGUAUUAUCUUAAAAUCUGUCAUUCUCCCAGACUGACACACAAAUACUUUGAAUUUCAAUGUGUCUGUAUGAGAAUGUAGUCAAUUAGAAAGUAUUCCUUACUGUGUUUGAGUAAUUAAGAGGUGAAAUCCUAGCUGCAAAAUGUUUUUUAAUGUUUUUUUAAAUGUUUUUUUACUUUGUCUAUAAAGGUUGCUAUGUGUUGAUGGGCAAUACAUAUCCAAUAGUCCAUUUUUAUUCAGGCUAUAAAGUUACUUUUUAGAGUGUAGAUCUUCUAUAGGCACUGUAUGUAUGAUGUGGUUUUGAAAUAGGUGUAUAAAUAACUGAAGGACAUAACAGAAGAUGAGUCCUGUAAAAAUUACAUAGAAGAAUAUCAAUAUAGAAAGAGGGACAAGGCAAGGAUUAUUUUAGUUAUAAUAUAUACAUGUUUUAUCUUUUGAACUCUUAUUAUUUUUAAAUUUAAUGUGAGUUUAUUCAACAUUUUAUUACGGAGCCAAUUAGGACCUUACAAUCAUGUUUUAACAAAACGAAACAUUAAACACCUCAAGUAAUACAUCACAAAAUAAAAAAUGUUCAUCAAUAGUUCCAAAGGAUUUCUAAUUAUUAUUUUGUUUUGGAUGAAUUCCACAAGAAUAUAAGCAACUUAUGUUAAGAUACAAAACGUCAAUAUUACAACCUUUUUAUUUAUUUAUUAUUGUGUAGGUUCUACACAGUGAAAUAAAUUAUAUAUUUUUUUAAGGGUCUCUUAUAUUGUACAAUAUUACUGUAGAUAUUACAAAAUGAUUAGGCACUGGUAGUCAUUUUCUGAAUGUGGUUUUCUUAAAUAUGCUGUAUAUUUUACUCUAGUCAAUAAUUGAGCUUUUUGUGAACAUUCCAAUAAUAAACUUUGUUGCAAAUAUAAAA